AUGAUUACUCCACAUAAAUUACCUCAUACUGUUGUUGAAACUGGUCAAAGUUCGCAUCGAGACAUGAAAACAGGUAGUCAGAGAUUCCGCUGGAAUCUUUUAUUCAAUGUUCUAGUUUGGUUGAUUGUACCACUUCCAUUUCGGAUACCUUUUGUUUCGAAUACGAUUGCUUACUAUCUAUUACCAUCUAUUCAAGGUGUAUUCGUUUUCAUGUGGACCAUUAUUUCUAUAUUGGCUUUGAAAAAUGCUGUGAUUCUAUAUUGGAAUCGUUCUCGUGAUUUCGCUAGAGAUUAUGUUGAUAACGAAAAAGCCCCCAUUCGUCAUAUUGUUGCCAUUAGUUGCUAUAAAGAACCAGUGGACUUGAUUGCUAGAAGUAUUCAAACAAUGGCAGAUCAAACAUUAGUUCAUCGAAUAACAAUGGUCAUUUCAUUUGAGCAGAAAACACCAGACAAAGAAAAGAAAUGCGAAAUUUUAAACGAAAUGUUUGAAAAGUGUGGUUUCGAACGAAUGAUAUUUACAAUUCAUCCAUAUGGUAUGGAAAAUGAAAUACCGGGUAAAUGUUCAAAUUCAAAUUAUGGUCUUCGUACUGCCAUUAAAGAAAUAGAUAUUACUGACGACGAAAUGGACAAUAUUUUAGUUACAACUUGUGAUGCUGAGUCUAAAUUUCCACCUCAAUACAUAGCUGCAUUGAGUAGCAAAUAUUUGAAAGAGAAUCGACCGGCAUUAAGUACAAUCUAUCAAUUGCCUUUGUUUUACAAUUGGAAAUUAGAUAGUCUAUCGUUUGCCACUCGUGUAACUGGUCUAUUAAGAAGUUUUCUCAUGUUAGGUGCUCUGAUUCCGUUCAAUAUUAAUUAA